AUGUCAUCAGAACUUAUUGAUUUUUCUCAAAAAUCCUUAUGGAUAUCUUUCGCUUCAAUUUCGUUCAAUCCUCUUUUUUGGAAUACUGUUGCUAGAAGAGCAGAACAUCAUACAAGGUUUAUAACUCGUCUUUUCGGUGGGAAUCCUUACUAUGGCUGUUAUGCGUUGGCUGCUACUAUUUUUUCACUCGGAAUCUUUAGAGAUUACUUAUAUAAAAUAGCAAUCGAUCAUCAACCAAAGUCAUCACUUUUACAAAAUGAUUCUAUUAAGAUUUUAGCAGCACUUUUAUUCUUUAUGGGCAAUACUUUUGUACUCUCGUCAACGUAUGCGCUUGGUAUAACUGGAACAUUCCUUGGUGAUUACUUUGGUAUUCUGAUGAAUAGUCGAGUCACUUCUUUUCCGUUUAACGUACUUGAAAAUCCAAUGUAUUAUGGAUCAACUAUGGUGUUUUUAGCCACUGCUUUAUGGUAUGCGUGUCCUGCUGGAAUCCUUUUAACUACAUGGACAUUUACAGUUUACUUAAUAGCACUUCGAUUCGAAGGACCUUUUACCGCAAAGAUCUAUGAAAAACGUCAAAAAAAGACUAAAUAA